CUCGACUCACAAGGCUGGCGCUAUCAAAACUGACUCAAAGAAUGACGUAUCGGGUCAGCGGGUCUUGGCGUGCGAAAAAGAGGAAAAGCGCCAAAUUUCGCCAAAAAGAACUGUAAUGCGACCUCGAACGACGUUUCCCUCCACACCUCCCAACGCCCCUGAAACCACAUUCCUACAUACACAAUGGCUUCCUACCAAACGGGCAGCGAGGCCUACACUCGCGAAAACCAAACAUCAGCCCCCGCGGCCCCGCAAGCUGCCUGGGCCGACAAGUACCGCGGGGCUACUGUCGAAGACCUCGACCCUCCUCCUGCACUGUCGGUCUCUCCCAAUGACCCCGUUUCCGCUGCCCUGAUGACCGCCUACGAGCGCGACUACACCCACCUCACCGUCAUCGACGCGGCGAAGCGAUCCCUCCUCGGCUACCUGAGCAUUCCCCGGUUAAAGGAGCUCCUCCAGAAUGGUACCGUCAAGGAUACUGAUACAGUUGCCUCGGCCAUGCAGCGGUUCAACCGCAAGCGUGGCAUCUACCAGGUGAUCACCAUGGAAACGCCAUUGGAGGAGUUGGAGCAAUUCUUCGAGACCGAGACGGGUCCCAACGGCGAGAAGCGGGAGAAGCAGCAGUUCGCCGUUGUAACCGAUGUGACACGCAAAUUUGUGCUUGGCGUUGCGACCAAGGCCGAUCUGGAGGAGUUUGUCAAGCGCCGGCCGGCGUGAAGUGGGAGGGCAUAUAAUCGUAUCUUUGACCUAUGUGGUCAAGCCUCUGCAAUGUGGGAGCAAAGCAUAUCGGCGUCCUCCGAGGGAUUUGGGCAUUGGGAAUCGUUCUUUCUAUCUUCGUUCUCCCGGAGUGUAUAUGGGCCCCUUCAACAUGGACAUGACAUCUUUAACAUCUGUCGGAAUGGAAAGGGGGGUUUCUCGAGGUACAUGUGUGAAGCCAAAAAGUCUGGGCUGGAGCCAGGCAUGGGAAUGUGUCUUAUGAUAUCCAACAACAAUACAAAAUUUGCUUUGUAGCUGAGAAUCCGGUCUGGGGCAACGACAGCUCUCGAGCCGAGCCCUCAAACUGCCCUGAUCAAUUAGGAUAAUAUUUCCUUCAACGCCGUGAAACCAGAAUAAACAUAGAGCCGAAGAUCAGACAUCCCCCUGAAGACUCGAUUGCACUACUGUGCUUUCUUGGACUUGGCCUUUUCGGACUCCUUGUUCUCACCCUGGUCUUCCAGCCAGGCAACGUAGAUGUACGCGAAUAAGACCACGUUGGCAGUAACGGCAGCCGCAAUGCCGGCAAACGUUGAGUUUCC